AUGGGCCAGCCCAAUGCAACCACCUGGAAGGGUUUUGUGUUCCUGGGCUUCUCCAGCAUUGGGAAACUGCAGCUCCUGCUGUUUGUACUCUUCCUCUCUCUGUAUCUUGUCACCCUGACCAGCAAUGUCUUCAUUACUGUAGUCAUCAGGCUGGACAGCCACCUGCACACCCCCAGGUACCUCUUCCUUUCCUUCCUGUCUUUCUCUGAGACCGGUUACACAUUGGGCAUCAUCCCUCGGAUGCUCUCCAGCCUGGUCAUGGGGGGCCAGGCCAUCUCCUACGAGGGCUGUGCUGUCCAGAUGUUCUUCUCUGCUUCGUGGGUCUGCACCAACUGCUUCCUUCUGGCCGUCAUGGGCUUUGAUAGACAUGUGGCCAUGGCCCCACUGCACUAUGCCAGCCGCAUGAAUCCUACCUCCUGUGCCCAGCUGGUUGGCACCUCCUUCCUGAGUGGGUACCUCUUUGGGCUGGGACUGACCCCGGUCAUUUUCCACCUCCCGUUCUGUGGCUCCCAUGAGACCCAGCACUUUUUCUGUGACACGCCUCCAGCGCUGAGCCUGGCAUGUGGGGACACAGGCCCGAGUGAGCUGGGCAUCCUCAUCCUUAGCCUGCUGGUCCUCCUGGUGUCUUUCUCCUUCAUCACCAUCUCCUACGCCUACAUUCUGACAGCAGUCCUGCGGAUCCCCUCCACUGAAGGGCGGAAGAAGGCCUUCUCCACCUGCGCCUCACACCUCACAGUGGUCAUGGUCCACUACGGCUGUGCCUCCUUCAUGUACUUGAGGCCCAAAGCCAGUUACUCUCUUGAGCGGGAUCAGCUUAUUGCUGUCACCGAUAUUGUGGUGACCCCUCUCCUCAACCCUACUGUUUACAGUCUAAGGAAUCGGGCGGUGCAGACAGCCCUGAGAAGUGCCUUCCAAGGGAGACUGCUUCGUAGAAGACGAAGGCUCCCCCAGUGGGACAGUCUCUUCCUCUGGAAGAGACCAGGAACCCAGGCCAAUGGGCCAGAGACUCGGCUGGACUGA